AUGCCCGGCACUCCGAUAAAUGGAGCUCCAGUCAAAAGUUCUUGGAAGAUCCCUGAGACCAAUUGGACACCCUAUUGUCACCCUCGCGUGAAAGAGGUCUCCAACGAAGUUGACGGGUACUUCCUACAGAACUGGAACUUCCCUAACCCCAAGGCAGAGAGGGUAUUCCUCAACGCUGGGUUCUCCCGCGUCACUUGUCUCUAUUUCCCUCUGGCGAAAGAUGACAGGAUCCACUUUGCCUGUCGCCUCUUGACGGUCCUCUUCCUCAUUGAUGACCUUCUUGAAGACAUGUCCUUCGAAGAUGGUGCGGCAUACAACGAAAAGUUGAUCCCCAUCGCGCGAGGUGAUGUACAGCCAGACCGCAAUGUCCCCGCUGAGUUCAUCACUUAUGACCUCUGGGAGAGCAUGCGCGCUUGCGAUAAAGAGCUCGCUGAUCAAGUGCUGGAGCCCACCUUCACUUUCAUGCGAGCUCAGACAGACAAGGUUCGCCUCAGCAUCACUGAGCUAGGUCAUUACCUUGAGUACCGAGAGAAAGAUGUUGGCAAAGCGCUUCUUUCAUCUCUGAUGAGAUUCGCCAUGGAUCUGCGUCUCACCCCAGAGGAGCUUACUUUGAUGAAACCCCUGGAGCAAAACUGCUCCAAGCAGAUCUCCGUGGUCAACGACAUCUACUCCUGGAAGAAGGAACUUCGACAGUCAGAAAAGGGCCACAAAGAAGGCUCUUUCCUGUGCAGUGCCGUCAAGGUAUUUUCCGUCAGCACUUCGCUUGACAUUGACGCCACUGUUCGUAUCCUGUGGCAUAUGAUUCGCGAGUGGGAGCACAUUCACGACGAGAUUGUCGCCAAGGUUGAAGCUGAGGGUUGCUCUGAUGCCGUAAAGAGAUACAUGAAGGGUUUGGAGUAUCAGAUGAGUGGCAAUGAGCUCUGGAGCAAGACUACACGUCGCUAUUCUGAGUAG